AUGUUUUCAGUAGUUAAGUUUCUUGAGGAUAAGUCCGUACAAGCCGUUCCUUCCAGUUGGAUAAAUAAUAAUAACAUACCAGUAACAAGUUUCAAUGAAUAUUUAGAUUCCCUCAAAGAAGCUAAAAGAUUCGAGUUGGACGCGACCGCCGACAAGGUAUUGGACACAACAGAUGCCGAGGACAUUGUAUUGAAGAGAAAAAAUUCGAGUACCAAGCCAGUUCUCCCAAUUAAGCGUCAUAAGUCAACUCAUUCGAAAGAAUCCACCUCUUCCGAUAAUGAUGAUGAGUUAUCCUCAGAUAACGAGACUAGUUAUGGAUCAAGGAAUUUAGAAAUAAGUAACGACUGCAAUAUUUUCUCUCAAGCAGAACUGUACAGUGCCAAUUCAGAAGCUCAAAACUUCUCCACGUCUUCCUUUCCAACAUCAAAGUAUACCCAAGGUUCCGGGGAAAAGUUGGGAGAAAGUGGGGGCACUUUGAUUUCCGCUGGUCCAGAUAAUCACUCUCUUGGAUCCUCUCAAUUUACUCCAUUGGUCGAGGGAGACAAUUUCAUUCCUACUUCUGGUUUGUCCACCCCAAAAUCAAGCCAACUCUCAUCUGGCUUAAUUCAUCGCCGCAGAAACAUUCGAGAAACUGAAUCCUUUGAAGAGGUUGUUCUUCGAAAAUUGAGCGAAAUUCAAUCAGAUAUUCGAGUGUUAUUUUCCCGUUUAAGCUCACACCAAAUUGAAACCAACACAAUUGAUUUACCGGUCGUUCUGCCCUUAAAUGACGAAGAAAGCGUUGAUGAAUUGGAGGCGUGGAUUGAAACAGAUUCAAACAGGAGAUCUUUAGUUAAGUAUUUAUCAAGCCUUGGAGGAAGAAAACCGGAAAAAAUCGUAUCUCGAAUACUCUCCGAACUUUUUACACCACCACUUGCAAGAAGGUUUAAUUACAGUGGGGGAGGCUCGCUUGGGCGACAGGCAUUUUCAGUUUUGAAACUGAAGAUAGCAUUGAUUGAUGCAACCAAGCUGAAUAGAAUUGCAAGUGAUACAACAGUAGAUGCGAUCGAGACAACGAUUAAAAACUGGUUCAGGAACGCUCGGGAUAAAGGGGAAGGUGGCAGAAAAAGAAAAAAUGUAUCAACGACAAAGAAGGGAUAUUCGAAAGGAGGUUCAGGAGCUGCUUCAAAACAUGACGCCACGCCUUUCACACAAUGAAGACUCGCCAAGUUUUGAUAUAGUUUAUGUAAAUAAUUGUAUUAGUAACGGAUUAGAAUUCGACGGAUCCAGCAAUUCAACCUCAGAUUUAGAAUUGAUUAGUAGUAACGAAUUAGAAAAGGCUAACCUAGCAAAACAGUUAAAAAUUUGGAGUCUCCAAAAUAACAUUACUCACUCUGCAUUAUCAGAGCUGCUUCAAAUUUUAAUUCCCUAUGUUUCGUGUCCCCUGCCGAAAUGCUCUAAAACUCUCCUCGCCACUCCUAGGGUUAUUAGCAUUGUUGAAAUUGGCGGUGGAAAAUUAUAUAAUUUUGGUUUGCAAAAAAUUGUAGAAUCUGAAAUUAUAAAUGGACUAAUUGAUUGCGAUUUCCCAUUAGUUCGAAAAUUAGUUUCAGAAUUUAAUACAAAUGAGAAAAAAAUGUUAACACUUUCAGUUAGCACAGAUGGUAUUCCAAUUGGUGAGAGCAAUGGUGUGCAAUUUUGGCCUAUUUUGAUACGAUUAGAUCAGGGUAAAAGUAGGGAGCCCCGUCUUGUUUCAUUAUUUAGGGGCGAAAAUAAGCCAAGUUCUAUUUCCGAGUUUUUUAAAUAUUUUGUGGAAGAAGUUAAAUUUUUGCAAGAUGUAGGGUUUACAUAUAAUUCGGUACAAUAUUUUGUUAAAAUAAGUGUCGUAAUUGCUGACGCGCCAGCUAGAAGUUUUGUUAAAGCCGUAAAAGGUCAUACUGGUUAUCAUAGUUGUGAGCGCUGUGAGGAAGAAGGAGACUAUUUGGAGAAUAGGAUAGUAUUUUUGGGCUCAAAUGCCAAUUUAAGGACAGACAUUUCCUUUAUUAACAAAGUAGAUUCUGAUCAUCAUAUUGGCAACUCCCCGUUAAUAGAUUUAAAUUUAGGCUUAGUCUCGCAAGUAGUAUUAGACUACAUGCACCUAAUAUGUCUUGGAGUGAUGAGAAAACUGUUUUACAUAUGGGAGAAGGGUGCGCUUCCUAAUCGACUUCCAUCUCGUGAAUGGAAUAAAUUAUCAGAUAACUUGGUGUCUGUUAGUAAAUUUGUUCCUUCAGAAUUUACAAGAAAGCCAAGAGGUCUGAAACAUUUACAUCGCUACAAAGCCACUGAGUUUAGGCAAUUUUUGUUAUACGUUGGGCCAGUAGUUUUGAAACCAAUCCUUUCAACAAAACUGUAUAAGCAUUUCCUGCUGCUUCAUUCCGCCACAUUUAUUCUAUUGUCCAACAAAUCUCAUUUACCGUUAUGGAAUGAAAAGGCUAGGUCUUUUUUAAAAAUAUUUGUCGAUUUAAUGGGAGAUUUGUACGGGAUUUCCACAAUGUCCUAUAAUGUACAUAGUUUGUUGCAUGUAGCAGAUGAUAGUUUAAACUAUGGGAAUUUGGAUAAUGUGUCUGCAUUUCCAUUUGAAAAUUACCUUCAGAAAUUGAAGCGUAUGGUCAGAGGGAAGACACGAGAGUUAGAGCAGGUAGUGAAAAGAGUCACAGAAAAAGAGAGCUUUAAUUUUCUGACUUCAAAUCGGUCAAAGUUUAAGCCUAAAAUUCGUAAUGAUGCGUAUGUAAAAAUCUAUACUAAAACUAAUAUUGUAAUUACUUGUAACAAAGGUGAUAACGUAUUUUUGUUAUCAUCGGGAGAAAUUGUAAAGGUGACCGAAAUUUUGAGCUCUGAUAGUUUAAUGUGUCAAGUUUUUGUUUCUAGAAAGGUAGCAAAAUAUUAUCCACUAGAUAGCUCGGAGUUGAUGAUAGUCAUAAUAGAUAUAUCUAAGUUAAGUUUGCCUAAAUUAGUAAGCCUUGACGAAAUUAUUGUAAAAUAUGUAUUUCUACCAAUUCCAAACAACCAAAAUUUCUUUUGUAUACCUAUGGUAAAAAUGAGCUUGGAAUAAAUAAAUAAAACUUUGAAAUUUUGCGUACA